AUGUCGCUCGCAUCUGGAGUUACCGUUACCGAUGACUGCGUCAACAAGUUCAACGAAUUCCGCAUGACCGGCGGCAGCAAGGGCGAAAAGCCUAAGUUCAUCAUCUUCAAGAUCGCCGACGAUAAGAAGUCGGUCGUCGUUGAUGAAAUUUCCUCUGACCAAGACUAUGAAGUCUUCCGCAACAAGCUUGCAGCUGCUAAGGACAGCAAAGGCAACCCUGCCCCCCGUUACGCAGUCUACGAUGUUGAGUACGAGCUCGGUGCCAACGAAGGCAAGAGGAGCAAGAUAAUCUUCAUUUCCUGGGUUCCCAGUGAAACCCCAACUCUCUGGUCUAUGAUCUACGCCAGCACCCGGGAGGUUCUGAAGAACGCCCUUAACAUCCACACCUCCAUCCACGCCGACGACAAAGGUGACAUUGAAUGGAAGGCUGUUCUGGCUGAAGCCAGCGGCGGAAAGGCUGGUAAAUAA